CGGAGGGUCGGGGGAAGCAAAUGUUCGCAUAUUUCGCUGCGAAGCUUCCGUGAGUCAGCAGGCGGGCAGGGCAGACAGAUCGAGGCAAGGCGAGGCGAGGGGAGGGAGGCGACAGACGAGACGACACGGUGGCUGGCCCCGGCCCCAGGCAGAGCCACCGACUGGCUGAGGCCGCUGCCUGCCGGUGGUGGCGCAGCCCGGAACCACUCCGGUCCGACUUGGCGACGCUGGUUGGGCAGUUCCGCGCGAAGGGAGAGGGGCAGAGGGGCAGAGGGGGCAGGUCCGUGCUGGGGCGGGGGACGACGAUCGAGCUCGAGCAGAUUGAUGCAGGCCGGGCCACAGCUAGAGCCACAUGCGCGCUCUCGAGGCAGGCCGCAACCGACGAUGCAGGCGGUCGCUCUUUGACGCACCCAGGGACCGGGAGCGCGAGCGCCCGAGGCAUUCGAGCGAGAGAGCGAGCGAGCUAAUCGCGAUGGCCAACCCUAAACUUCGGUGUAAUCCGUCGAGAUCAGCGCGAUCCGCAGCAGUGUGAUCAAUUGUGCGUCGGGGGCCUCGCCGAGGCGGAGGAGGUCGAUGAUGAUGACGCGAGCCGCGCGCCCUCAGGACAAAUCCCGGCACUGCUGCAGCGGAAAGCAGGAGGCGUGAGCGGAAGGCGGACGAAGGUUGUGGGGCAGGCGCGACAUGUUGGGCACGAGCCGUCGUUGGUGUGCUUGAGUUUGCCGGCAGGCCGGGCAGGCAAAGGGAGGAGGAGCGCGAGCGCAGGCAGGUCGUUUCCGGGGUGGUGGUUUGUGUGCGCCUGUGCGCGAGCGACGACGCGAGCGCCCGCGAGGCCGUGAGAUCUCCCGAGGCCGCAAGAGCUGUGGGGCUCCGUCUUUCUAAUUGCGAGGGCUGCUUUCCUUUCCUGUCCAGGCCGGGAAGGGAGUGCGAGGGCGCGAGGCGGAUCAGGCAGGCAGGCAGGCAGGCCGGCUGCAGGGGUGGUUGGGUCUCCCAGGAACAUAGCAGGAGAAAACCGAAGGGUCGAUAAAUAUGGUGGCAGAAGGGGAGGAGUCGUCAGAUUUGAAAGGCAAAGAUGAGCAGGAAGAAGGAGUGCGGCCUCAACCUCAAGGGAAUCAGGCGGUGCAGGUCGGUGUUGGACGUUCCGGACCCAAAAUUGAGAUGGAGAAGGACAAGGAGAAGGCCGUAGACGAGAAUGGUGGUGGUGGAGCACCAGCAGCAUCAGCGGCUGCGCGGAGUGGCGUCCCAAAAGCGAGCGGAGCAGCAGCAGCAGCAGCCGAUCCCCCUGGGUCUGCGUUGGAUCACUCACGAUCCGGGAGCUCGAAGAAUCCGAAAUAUGUGAGAGCAGAUCUUCUGAAUUUGGCGGACCUGGAUGCCGCGCUGGCGAUGCACAAUCAAUUUCGGAGCCGCUCCUCUGCACAGUCGGGUAGGAAGUUGAAGGAGUGGGAAAUUGAUCCUAGCAAGUUGAUUCUCAAGAAUGUGAUCGCCCAGGGCACUUAUGGGACCGUUCAUCGAGGAACUUACGAUGGGAAGGACGUUGCGGUCAAAUUGCUGGAUUGGGGCGAGGAGGACACCAUGUCUAGAGCUCAAAUUGAAACAUUUCGCAAUGCUUUCAAGCAGGAGGUGGAAGUCUGGCACCAGCUGGACCAUCCCAACGUAACGAAAUUCAUCGGGGCCUCCAUGGGGAGCUCGAACUUGCAAAUUCCCUCCUUCGAGAGAGGCUCGGACGGAUUCGUUCACGUUGCAUCUAACAUUUGCUGCGUGGUUGUGGAGUAUCUUGCGGGUGGUACUCUGAAAGAUUUUCUGAUCCGACAUCGGCGGAGAAAAUUGGCUUUUAGAGUGGUCAUUCAGCUGGCCUUGGAUCUGUCGCGUGGACUAGAAUAUCUCCAUUCGAUGAAGAUAGUGCACAGGGAUGUGAAGAGUGAGAACAUGCUACUAGACACCAAGAGAAACGUCAAAAUUGCUGAUUUCGGUGUUGCUCGCGUGGAAGCCUCGAAUCCCAAAGACAUGACCGGAGAGACAGGUACUCUGGGCUACAUGGCUCCGGAGGUGCUCGAUGGAAAACCCUACAAUCGGAAAUGCGACGUGUACAGCUUCGGAAUUUGUCUGUGGGAGAUCUACUGCUGUGACAUGCCGUAUCCCGACCUCAGUUUUACGGAGAUGACCCACGCCGUGGUUCAUCAAAACUUGAGACCGACCAUUCCCAGAUGCUGUCCUAAUGCUUUGGGGAAUGUCAUGAAGAAGUGCUGGGAUCCGAACCCAGACAAACGCCCGGAGAUGGCGAUUGCCGUGCAGUUGCUAGAGGCAAUUGACACGAGCAAGGGAGGGGGCAUGAUUCCCACCGACUCUCAACCUCGAAGUUGCUUCCCGUGGUCAAAAUUCCGUGGCCCUUAGACUUCGGGGGCCAUCUUUUUUUAACUUUUGACUUGCAGCUGCUCUUAGCUGCCUUUGGCUUUAUGAUCUCUGCAGUGAGUUUGAAAUCGGCAUUGAAAAGUCUUCUUCAUACAUGUGCUCAGAAGGCAAGGCCCGGCAGUGUCCGAAUCGAGCAGUAUGUGAUGGAGCUCUUGCAUAUUUUUCUCCAUAUCCUCUGAGGUCAAUAUCCGGGGCGGGGCUCUGGUCGGUAUGAAACCCAAAUAAGGUUCAGGAAACGUUGUGAACCUUAUCAUUUCUUUGCUGUUACGAAGGCAGCCAACAUAGCUAAUUGUGCCAUACGUCAAUGUUCAUUCUCUAUUACUACGCUCAAGAUCCAGAGCUUUUCAUAGACUUCGUGUUGUAAAUUUCUUGCACAAGUUAGCGGUAUAGCGUAUGUGCUCCAAGAAUGAGACUAUGAGAAGCUUGAGUUUUGAACCCUAACCCUAAGAAUAUUACUCAUGAGCACCGACUCCUCUGAGAAAUUUGCUCAUCUCGUGUAUCAAUCUAUCAGAGUAGGACUGGAAUGGGAUUGUCUUCAUCUUCAUCACCUAUACAGUUGACUUAUUUCCUCGAGGUUCUCUUCAAUCGGAUACUCUUGCCUGUGAAUGAGAGCCACUGCUUAUCACCUCCUCCCUCGAAGGUAGAAGGACAGGAGGGAAGUGGGGCUCUCAAUUGAUCCUCCCCCGCCAGGCUAGUCACAUUUCGGCCCAGAGUCCGUGCUAAAUGCUGUGGGCAGUGUUUCUACUUCAGGCGCACCGCACUACUUUCACUGAUACUCUAGAGGCGAGGACGAUUCUCCUCACUUGCGAAGCCACGCCGUCGGAUUUCAUGGUUUGUAAACUUUAUAUAAUGAAUUGAUGCUGCUGUCACUUUGACUGCAAUCUAUUUUGAUCUC